GUUCAGGAGCAGAACGAGAAGGUCAAGCGCGUGCGCAGUGAGUUGCUAGAAGCUGACAGGGUGUACAAGGAGGCGGUCCAGAAGCUGGCUGCCGAUUCGAAGGUCGCGCUAAACGCUGAGACGGCAAAGCUCAAGCUCGAGGACUUGCCGGCAGGCUCUGUGGACAUCGGCUCCUUCAUCAGCCGCGAUAUCCGCGAGGACUUCGGCAAUGACGAUGAGCUCGAGUUGUCGACUGAAGAUCGCGAGGAGAUGCAGAAGCGCACGGCACUUUUGUCUCAGGGCAUUUCGGACAUGGCCAAGACGCUGCUCCAGCAGGCAGUCGACCAGGCCAAGUCCGCCCAGAUGGGCUUCAUGAAGCUGGCGGGGGAGUCGGCGGUGCUGAAGCCGCUGCAGCUGCCGCGCCUGGUGGAGAGCGACCAGUCCCCGACGGCUGGGAGCAGCCAGCAGGCGCCAGUCGAG